AUGGUUUUAAGUCUAAUUCACCCUAAUACUUGUGGAUUUUCCAAAGUAAUUGCGUGGCAGCUGGCAAAAUCGACGCAGUCAAAAGCGACACGUUUGGACGGAGAGUCACUUCCAAAAUUUCGUUCGCGAAUAUCGAAGUUACACUACGAAAAUUUUAUUCAAACUUUCAGUGAAUGCAAAGAGAAUUUUUGUAUUGACUUCAUAGCGUUUCAAAAUAGGUUUCCAGAUCUCCACACGAAGUUUGUUAAAUGGAAUUCGCGAAAAAUCAACGAGCGCGCAAUAUAUGUUGCUACUUUUGACACGGAAAAGUGGAGGAAACUUCCAUCCUCAAAGAAGGCUGAACAUAGUUUACUGGAGUGUCGUGGAUGUUCUCAGAGAUAUAGCUACCAGCAGUCUUUAUUUCCUGUCAAGUCCAACCAAUUAAAACAUAUCCAAAAGGAGAUUGACUUUGCAGAGGCAGCACAAACUGUUAGAGACGUGUGUCAUGAAAAGGAAAAGUGUACGAAACGUGAGGUGACCAAGACCGCAAGGGAACUUUACACUCGAAUAAACUCACAAUUUGAGAAAGCAUGCCAAGUUCCUUUGGCUGAAGCAUUAGUCUCUGUUCCCGAAUUACAACUGCAGCAGAAGAAAUCUAAAGCCCAAAUGAAGAAAGAAAGAAGGGAUCAAUACAGAAAGGCUAAAAAACGGAUAGAAGAAGAAUGGAAGGAAACAGAAAUUAUAAGGUUAGUGUGUUUUUAGGUAAGAUUAUAAUUAUAAGACAUUUGCAUACUACAGUAUAUGCAUUGUGUGGAAAGAUUGCAAUUUGGAAUUAAAUCAUAGGACGUAGCACUCUUUACAUAUAACAUGACUAAUUAUAUGGCAUAUGCAUCGAUAUUACCAUGCACAUUGUUUACACUACUGUACACUAUAGGUUAUGUACUGAUUUCUGGGUGGUAGAAAUGAAGUUCAAAUUACCUGGCAUAUAAUUAUACUCCAUGGUACAGUAAGACAAUAAUAUAUUAAGUGUUAUUUCGACUAAAAAAAUAGUCUUGUAAAUUGGGUAUAUCUACUUAUAGGUGUUUUGGCAACAGACAGUCGCUAAAGUCAAGACAGAAUGAUCGUCUAACCCAGGCAUUCGAGCCAAGAGUGAGUCCAGAACAUUCCCAGGAAACCAUAACAAAACGAAGUCCUGUUGGAGUAUUUGACAACAUGACAUGGGACAAAGAUGCUCUGAAAUUGGAAGUUGAAUCGUAUGAAGAUGGCAAGUUUGUUAAUUGGUCCCAACUAGCAAAAGAAUAUAAUGUCACAAAUACAAAAGGAGAAAUUGCAGAAAAUGGUGGCCAGAUUGCAAAAGAAUGGUUGAAAUCGGUGGGUGUUGACACUGAACGAUUCAAACGAUACAACACAAAUUCUGAUGGUCCGCGUAUUCGACGAAAGAAGAGGAGGGGCUUAGGAGGGGAGAUAUCAAUUCCAACGCCACAAACAAAUGCGUGUCUGAAGAAACAAUUACAAGAAAAAAUCUUGCAGAACGAAUAUUCAAUUGGGAAGUUAAUUGUUCCUAGAAAGGUACGUACUUCAUUGUCUUAUUCUACCACUAACAAGUAAAAUCGUCUGGUGUUAGAGUGAGUAAAAUACUGAAGUACUGGGCACAUUUCCAGCUAAUGGUCGCAUGGGUUAAAUCAUUCAGUUACAAUGUACAGUGCACUCAUUACCACCAGAUGAUUCUAACAAGAGUAUUAUUUUAUUUCCUUAUUUGUAGUAUGAAAAAUUUACACUUAGUGAUGAUGGUAAAAUAAUUCGAAGUGAAUUUGUGGUAGAAGGUCGCAAGCAACCGUUGACAGUUAUCAGGGAGAAUUUUCUGAAGUCGCAUGCCAGUUACAGGAGAAAGAUGAGCAAUGAAGAAUUAUCUGAGAUGUCAAGAGAAGAAUUAAUAGAAAAAUUAGUUCAGGUCAAUGCAGUGUUCUCUGAUGCAGAUGAUAAAGAGGUAAUAAAAGCAAAGCUGAAAGAGAUUUCACACACUCGACACCUAAAAAUAUGGCAUGAUUUAUCAACAGUGGCUAAUCAUGGUCAUCUGAUUUUCAUGGUUGCAUGCUUAUACGAUCCAGCCUUAUUUUACACAAAUGAGGAGUAUGAAAGUAAGACAAAGAGAAAAGUUGAUGUUCAAACAAUUAUUGAAUCACCUGAAGUGUACAUUGUUGCCAGGUCAAGCAGCUCCGAUUUAGAACAGUUGUCUUAUGUUGAAACGAGGUUAGAAUGCUUGGAAGAAAUCAGUCUGCCAUUAGCAACAGAAGAAGGGGAAGAAAUAGUUGAUGUGAUGAGGUUUUUUCAUGGUGACAACCCAGCCCAGCAAUAUGAGUGUGGCCAACAAAAGGGAGGCAACUUCUAUUGUUCAGUCUGUGGAGUACAUGCACACCGUGUGUAUGAACUGGAUUACAGCUUUCGUUGCACGCACAUUUCAUUAAGUGAAAGACAGAAGUUGAUUUUAGAGGGUGCCAUUGCUCGACGAAAAACAAUGGCAGGAAAUAAUAAACCAGUCUACCAAUUGAAGAAGGCAGAAUUAUUACAAGAAUUGAACAGCAGAAAGAUAUACGAAGGGGAAAAGCAGGAAGAGCUGAAAAAGUUGCUGGUUGAUGAGCUUCAUGGAGUGCAGAGAGUCCCAGCUCUUCUUUUCACAAACCCACUGGCUAACUUGGCUUCAAUUAACAGUGACAAAUAUGAAAUAUUACCAUUUGAGCCACUGCAUGAUGUGGGAAAACAUAUCGAAAAUGUUCUUGUUGAGUUGCCAAUGCAUGUUUCACCCGAAGAAGCGACAAUUAUCAAUGAAACAGUUGAACUUUGUCUUGGUACUAAAGAAACAAAGAGAUGUUUUGACUACCGAUGUGCUUUGAUAAUGGUAACUAAUCGAGUAAUUGGUAAAAUCUCUCAAGGAGCACAGAGGCUGUUACAGACUUUGGUUGAGAUACAAUCCAUUGCAUAUGGAAGAGAUGAGAGCCGUUCACCACGCAGUGUUCUGCGAUUCCACAAUCUGACAUGGUUACACGCAUUUCUAUGUUGGCAAGUUAUCGGUUAUGAGACAAAGCAGAUGAGUUGUAGAAAAUUUUAUGGUGUCUACUUCCACAAAAUGUCAGCCCAUGCUGCCAUACAACAUCGUCUUGUCAGUGGAAAAUCAUGUCAUGCUGAAGAACAAGAAAGAAUUUUCAAUGCGGUUACCAACAUCACUCGUGCAACCUCAUCUAACAAGCCUGGUCAUAUUAUUGGCAAUGUGUUUCUUCGAAUCCAAGCUGAGAAGAAAAUGGGAGCUUACCAUUCAGAGAAUACAGUACCAAAGCAGCAAGCUCACAUAUCCAAACUGGCUAAAUCGGUUCCUUCUCUUGGCAAUACUGUUGUUCCUUUCAGCACUAUAACAAGUCAUUCUUCUUCUUGGCAAGCCCAUUUGGAGAGGAUAAGUGACUUUUUGGUGGUUGGCAAAGAUGUUUGGUGGACAAGCAAUGAAGAAGGCGACGUAGAAUUCUUUGACAGCAUUCAGACAGAGGUAGAUUCAAGAGUUGAAGGUCCAAAGCUUCAUCAUUUCCGUUCUAGUAAUUUCAAAGACGAGGAAGAAUAUCUGAAUGAAUGCUGGUCUAUGUGUCUGGAAAAGAAAAUUCCCUUACCUCUUCAUGUGUUACGGGUGAAAGAUGCCAAUAAAGAUACCUUUAUCCUAUCCAGACACAUUUCCUGA